AUGAAGUUAACAACGUUGACCGCCGCCUCAUUUUUGGCUACUCAAGCAGCCGGCCAUUAUAUUUGGAACCAACUCGACAUUGGCGGCACCACGGGGUCCAUUGGUCAGGGAAUCCGCCCAAACAGCAACUACAACUCGCCAGUUAUUGAUCUCACAUCCAGUGAUCUGAGAUGCAAUGUUGGCGGACUGAGUGGCUCUUCCACAGUGGUCAGAGAUAUCCAGGCUGGUGGUUCAUUCACCUUCCAUACCGACGUGGCUGUCUAUCAUCAAGGGCCUGUCUCUGUUUACCUUUCCAAAGCCCCUGGCUCAGUACAGAGCUACGACGGCAGUGGCUCCUGGGCUAAGAUUGCCGAUCUCGGGCCUACAUUUUCUGGAAGUGGUGCCACAUGGCCACUCGCACAAACUUACACCUUUAAGCUCCCCACUUGCCUCCCGGAUGGAGAGUACCUGCUCCGUAUUCAACAGCUGGGCAUCCACAACCCUUGGCCUGCGGGCAUCCCUCAGUUCUACAUUGCGUGCGCCCACAUCAAAGUGACGGGUGGAUCCAACACGGCUGCCUGGAAGCCAUCGCUCACGAUUCCCGGCGUCUUCAAGGAGACUGAUCCCGGAUACACAGUCAACAUUUACCAACCCGAGUUCAAGUCAUACACCAUUCCCGGUGGUUCGGUUGUAAGUUGA